UUUCAUUAGUUUCUGCUCUUCACUGUUAUUCAUUUUUCAAGCCUUUUUGUGUUUCUUUGUUUCUCAAACCUCAUGAAAUAAAACAACCCCUUUUGAGAUUUUUUCAUUUCUAUUACUUGGUUGAAGUGGGAAAUUUGGUGACUUUGGUUGAUGACAACUCUUGAUUGAGAAAUACCGCAGAUACGGAAGAAUUAUGGCUCAGUCAGCCAGUAACAGCAAUGGGAAGAAGAUUAUUAAAAUUGAUGUCAGUUCAGACACUGUAUGCCCGUGGUGCUUUGUAGGAAAAAGAAAUCUGGACAAGGCUAUAGCUACAGCUAAGGAUCAAUAUGAUUUUGAGAUUAAAUGGCACCCUUUUUUUCUCAAUCCUGCUGCCCCGAAGGAAGGUGUUGAUAAGAAAAGCUAUUAUGAGAAUAAGUUUGGAGCUCGAGCUCAAGGGAUCAUAGCUCGAAUGACUGAGAUUUUUAGGGGUCUUGGGUUGGAAUACAACAUGUCUGGACUCACGGGAAGUACCCUUGAUAGCCACAGGCUUAUAUAUUUUGCUGGGCAACAGGAUCUUGAUAAGCAACAUAAACUUGUGGAGGAACUGUGCCUUGGCUACUUCACACAGGGUAAAUACAUUGGUGACAGGGAAUUUCUUGUUGAAUCUGCUAAGAAAGUGGGUGUAGAAGGGGCAGCAGAGUUUCUUGAAGAUCCCAAUAAUGGAUUGAAGGAGGUCAAGGAGGAGCUCGAGAAAUACUCGUCCCGAAUUACAGGAGUUCCACAUUAUGUGAUUAACGGGAAGCAUGAGCUGAGUGGUGGCCAGCCUCCUGAGGUUUUUCUGAGUGCUUUUCAAGCUGCGGCUAACUGAAAAUCCUUACAUAAAUAUGCUUUCUAAUUUUAACCUUGAAUAAAGAUUCUGCUGCUUUGUUACUUGUGUGCUUGUUGACAUCUAUGUUCAUAAUCUCUUACCAUGCCAUAUGUUUUCAGAUACUUGAAAUAAUGUAAACAAAGUUGAAGUUUGAUGAUUAGAA